AUGGAGGAGGAGGAGGAGCAAACCGCCCCGAAGAGCGACGCCAACGAACCCGCCGAUAGAGACUCUUGCGACGACGAGGAUGUUCCGUUCCCGACCACCACGAAGAACGCGUUGAUAACUACUCAGCCAGGACCUUGCGAUGCCUAUCCUCAUCGCGUCAAAGUGUCGAUCGUUGGCGUAGGAAAAAUUGGGAUAGCUUGCGCCAUCGCGAUCCUGAUGAAAAGAUUGGCGAGCGAGGUGUGGCUGAUCGACUCCGACGCGAACAAGGCUUCCGCCGAGGCCGAGGACAUUCAGCACGUCGGCGUUUUUUUGGGAAGUCCUCUGGUAACCGGCACGUCAGAUUUCAUAAUGGUGAAAGAAUCGGCGGUGGUGAUAAUAACGACGGGCGAAACGGAACCGGGCGAGGAGCCGAACGUGAAACGUAAUUUGAAGGCGUUCAAGUCGUUCAUACCUGGCGUGGCGAAGUUCGCUUGUAAAUCUGUCCUUUUGAUCGCCACCCAACCGACCGACGUGAUGUCCUACAUCGCCUGGAAACUGUCUGGAUUUCCGUCUAAUCGCGUCGUAGGCACCGGUACCAUGAUCGAUUGCGCCAGGUUUCAAGAUCUCGUUAGCAGGCGACUGAAUGUGGCACGGAGCUCUGUCAGCUGUAUGACGGUUGGCGCCCACGGAAAUAUGGCUGUUCCCAUAUGGUCGAGUAUUCACGUGGGAGGUAUGAAGCUCCGCGAUAUAAACCAAAGAAUGGGGGAGCCAGACGACCCUGAAAAGUGGUACGAAAUCGCUGAGAACGUGAAGAACAUGGGGAAAGAUCUCGAGCAAAAGAAAGGAUCUUGCUGUUGGGGUGUCGCUCUCUCCACGGUUGAAAUCGUUGAUGCCAUUGUAAGGAACACGAAAGUCGUACUUCCGGCUUCAACGCACAUCCUCAGUUGCGCCCACGGUACAGACAAGGACGUGUACAUGUCGGUGCCCUGCGUGCUCGGCCGAGAGGGUGUGUACUGCACCGUGCGACAGAAGCUAACCGAGCAAGAGAAGUCUGCGGUGCAGACGUGCGCCGACAAGAUUCGUAGCGCGUUGCGGGAAUGCGGCAUCCUGCAGGAGUCCGCGGAAGACGUCGACGAGUGA